GUUUUUAACAGAUGCCAGAAUUUCAAAAAGAAAACAGUCCAUAUAAAGGACCCAGCAAAAGUGGAAGAAAUAAUAUGUGGACUAAUAAAAGGAGGUGCCACUAGGCUUCAGAUCAUAACAGAUUUUGAUAUGACCUUGAGCCGAUUUUUCCAUAAUGGAAAGAGAUGUCCCACAUGCCAUAAUGUUAUUGAUAACUGCAAAUACAUAUCUGACGAAUGUCGAAAAAAGUUGCAUCAACUUAAAGACAAAUACUAUGCAAUUGAAAUUGAUCCAGACCUUACAAUUAAAGAAAAAUAUCCAUACAUGAUUGAAUGGUAUACAAAAUCACACGCACUAUUGAUUGAACAGGCUUUCCAGAAGGACAAACUGACAGAAGUUGUAAGGGAAUCUGACAUUAUGCUCAAGGAAGGUUAUGAAACAUUUUUUGACAAGCUACAUGAACACAACAUACCAGUGUUCAUUUUUUCAGCAGGACUUGGGGAUGUAUUAGAAGAAGCAAUACGUCAAGCUGGAGUCUACUACCCAAACAUAAAAGUAGUUUCCAACUUUAUGGACUUUGAUGAAAAUGGGGUUAUAAAGGGAUUCAAAGGUGAAUUAAUACAUGUUUACAACAAACAUGAUGGUGCCUUGAAGAGAACAGAAUACUUCAAUCAGCUGAAAGAUAACAGUAACAUCAUUCUCCUGGGAGACUCACUAGGAGAUUUAACUAUGGCUGAUGGUGUAUCAAAUGUCGAAAAUAUACUCAAAAUAGGAUAUCUUAAUGAUAAGGUAGAAGAGUUAUUAGAGAAAUACAUGAACUCAUAUGACAUCGUUUUAGUGAAAGAUGAAUCUCUGGAUGUGGCCAACUCAAUACUGCAGAAGAUCCUGUAA